UACACAUAAAGACAUGCCACCCUGCCUGAACACAAUAUUACGAAUAGUCUUUGCACUUACUCCUCAAUUCCGAGUGUUGAGCGGAGAAGCUGUAAAUACCAAUUUUCAACUCUUCGGUUUGAACCGACAAGGUACCGAACCCUUCUAUGAGACCACUGAGGCGGUUUCUAAUUCAAGGUGUUUACUUUCAAUAUAUUAUUAUAUAAAACGAUCAAUGAUAUUCAACAAACCAUGAAAUUGUUUAAACUUUGAAUUAUCGUUAAAGAGUUUUUUAAGGGAAGGUAUAUUUUACUUUAAUGGUGUCACUUAGUUGUUUAUGUGGUAACGAAUGGAAUUGCCUAAUUCGAAACAUCACUUCCGACCAGGAAUAAUGUUGACAUUUUGAUACAGUUAAAGGGUCCGUGUCAUAACAUACUGGAACAUAAAGUUUGCCGAAGCUUGAUUUAACAGCAGACAUGUUUUUAUCGUAAACUGAGUAUUGUAUUCUAUUCAACUGUUUGUGUUCACUCAACAGGAUAAACGUAUUGAAGUUAUAGGAUCUACCAACAUAUAUACAGGUUAUGAUAUAGAAUUGACUAUAAUAUAGAUUUCAAGUAGACGGUUCCAUGCAUGACCCAUAUACCACAUAUAUGAUGGCAUGUAUACAUUAAUGAGACAUACUGGUGUGUUGUCAGUUUCCAUCAACACUGCUCGAAUUAUGACACUUAUUACAAUGGAAGAGUCAAACUACAUAAAGAUUGCAUUGCUAUUACUGAGAAUAUCACCACGAGCUGUCAGAAUACGGUUUGACUAUGAAAUCCAUCCUGAUUGCUUAAAUAAAACAUUAAAUUCAAAUAUUCGCAAAUUGACCUACCUACAAAGUAAAAGGCACAUCAACCAAGAACAAUGGAAUUUACUUUUUCCAGGAACAGGAGAAGUAUCAUCAAAACAUUUUGACAGUACGUUAAUGAUUUGUCUCAUAAGGAAUCUAACGCCAAUUCAAAUUAGUGACAUACUUCCGAUAUCAACUAAUAUUAGUGUAGGAGCUGAUCUGUCCAGAAUUAAAUUUUAUAGAAAUAAGAUAGCACACUCUGAAGAUGGAUUUAUUAGUAGCAUAGAUUUUCAAGAUUAUUGGAAUGAUAUUAAAAUGGCACUACUCAGACUCGGUGGUGUUUCUAUGGAGACAGAAUGCGAUACUUUGUAUGCGAAAGAGUUUGAUACUUCACAAAGAGAAGAUCAUCUCAGUUUUAUAAAAACUCAAAACAAGUUAAUAAAACUGGAGGAAGAAUUGGUGAAAGUUACUGAGAGAGUUGAAAUGCUAGAAUUAAAACUGAAUGAUCCGAUACCAAAGAAUUUGAAAGAUUUGUUUGCAAAGGAGAUUAAACUUUGGAAAAAAGAAAUGAUGACGUUCUAUAUUACUACUGGAGCAACAAAAGUGCUUAAAAAAAUAGAGAAUGACUCAUUUAUAGUAAUAACAGGGAAUUCUGGGAUGGGCAAAUCUGCUAUUUCUCAUUAUAUAGCAUUAACUUUAGAGAUGAAUAAUGGCUAUCAAAUUACACCUUUGACGGAUGCAUGCGAUAUCGUCAAGUACUAUAAUCCGCCACAUAAUCAAAUUUUUAUAAUAGAUGAUAUAUUCGGAAGAUAUUCUGUAGAAAAAAGUAUAUUAAAUUCUUUGGAAAGAUUAAACACUAAAAUCCGUUGCAUUAGGACUGAAAACAGUACAUUUCGCAUACUUGCUACUUGCAGGUUACUGAUUUCAAAUACACCAAUUUUUAAGAAGUUUUCACAAAUGUUUCAAACAGUAGAAUGCAGCUUACUGUCUAAAGAAUUUGAAGCAACUGUGGCAGAAAAAAGGAAAAUUGCAGCUUGCUACAUUGAUCAGAAAACAAUAACCCGUAUUAGUGACGAUAUGGUCAGAGGUAUAGAUAUGUUUCCACUACUUUGCGUGAUUCAUAGAAACAGAAAACAGAAAACUAAAAUACUCUUAUUUCAAAAUCCGUAUGACGAAUUUGAAAAAGAGCUAGACGAGAUGUAUGACAAUAAUAAAAGCUGUAUAUUAGGUCUGGCAUUGCUUGUAAUUCACAAUAAUAACCUACGAAAAGAUUUGUUUUACGACAACAUUCAAUUUAGAGAGGCGUUUGAUGCCAUUGUUAAUUAUUUUAAUUUACCUUCUCGCCCCACGCUGCAGUAUGUCUUAUCGUGUCUACAGACUCUAAAAGAAAUUUACAUCAGUGAGAAAGCGAAUACGAUAACAACUUUACAUGACAAAAUAUUUGACAUCAUAGCUCUGUACUUCGGGAAAAAGAUUCCUAAAGUUAUUUUGCAACAUGCAAACGGCAAUUUUAUUCGAGACAGAAUUCAAUUUGCAUCCUUAAACAAAGAACAUGAUGAAUUUACUAUACUGAUCCCUCCAGAAUUAGAAUGUGUAUACUUUGUUCGCAUGGGUAUGGAAAUUGAAAGAAAGUCGUUUGUCAAUGUGUUUAACACGCAACAGAUGAAACAUGAAUUGUUUCAAGAAAAAAUUAUAAAGUUUUUAAACAAAAACGAAAAAUACAUUCUGGCUAUAGUACACAAUCAAUGGCCUUUAUAUCUGUCUACAUUGAACGGAUACAAGGAAAUAGUAAAAUUCAUAAUCAAUAAAAGAAACUUGAAUAACGCACAAAGUAGACCAAGUACUGAUUCACCGAUGGCUAGUCAUGUUGAAACUAUUGAUCAUCAAGAUGGAAAUAAUGAAUGGUUGGUGGAUACCCAAAUCUUUUUAAGACACCGACAUGCACCACUACUUGUGGCAUGUAAAGAAGGACGAGUAGAAAUUGUUGAACUCCUUUUGACCUGUGAUUAUGAUAUUAACAUUCGUGGACAUGACCUAGAUCCUCCAUUAGUUGUAGCUUGUAAAGAAGGUCACACAGACAUUAUAAGUGUUUUACUAAAACAUAAAUGUUGUGCUAAUGUCCGAGAUGAAUUUGGACGUACUACCUUGCAUACUGCUUGCGGAAAAGGUUAUAUAGACAUUGUUCAUCUUCUGUUAUUGUACAAGUGUAAUAUAAACCAGACCGAUAGACACAAAAGAACACCUGUAUUCAUAGCCUCUGAGAACGAUCAACAUGAUAUCGUAAAAGUAUUACUUGAAUUUAAAUCAGAUGUAAACUUAUCGAAUUCAACUGGCAAAAAUGCUCUACAUGUAGCCUGUCAAAGGAGAAAUAUGACUACUAUUAAAUAUUUGCUCGCUACGAAAAGAUGUAAUAUUAACCAGUUAGACAAGAAAAAAGAGACACCCUUAUUUUCUGCAUGUAAAGAAGGGCAUAAUGAUGUUGUUGAAUUAUUGAUAAGUAAUAAUGCUGACGUAAACAUACGUAAUAUAUUUGGCGAAACUGUACUGCAUAUUGCUUGUAGAAAGAGGAAUUAUAAUACAGUUAAGACCUUACUUAAAAGUAAUAUUGAUAUUAAUCAAACAGAUUCAAAGAAAAGAACUCCAUUGUUUAUUGCAAGUGUCGUAGAUAGAAGAUCAAGCGGUAUAUGCGGCAACAAGGACAUAGUGAGACUUUUACUUGACCACUAUGCAGAUGUAUCGAUAUGUGAUCAGAAUAAUUGUUUUAUACCUGAUGUUGCUAGGAUACAUGGCUAUGCAGACAUUAUUGAUAUUUUUGUCAAAUAUCAAUUUAAAAGUAAAAACUCGAAAAAUGGAGAAUCUGAUAUCAAAAUAUUUAAUGCUAGUAAAGAAGGCCAUAUUGAGGUUAUUCACAAUUUUAUUGGAAAAGAAUACAGCUUAAAUAUACGUAAUAAGUAUGGUCAGACCCCUUUACAUGUUGCUUGUAUACACCGGCGCUAUAAUAUUAUUGAAUUAUUGUUAAAUAAUAACUGUGAUAUCAAUGCAGUUGACAAUAACAGUAGAAGUGCACUUUUUCUUGCUUGCGAAAUCGGUGAUGAAGAGAUUGUUUUGCAGUUAGGUAAUAACUACGCAGAUGUUAAUAUCAGCAAUUACGUCAGCCAGUCUCCUAUCCAUAUUGCAUGUGAGUUUGGAUAUACAAAUAUAGUCAAAACGUUAUCAAGGACUUGUUUUAUCAAUUUAACUGACAGUAACAAUUGCACGCCAUUAUACCUUGCUUCUAAGUAUGGACGUUAUGAUAUUGUCCAGUUGUUAAUUAGUAAAAAUGCUGAUAUUAAUUACACUGACAACGAUAACAAAACCCCACUAUUUGUUGCCUGUGAGGCUUCUCAUAUUGACAUUAUAAAGUUAUUGGUUGAUAAUGAAGUCGAUAUUAAUCUUGGCAACAACCACAAUGAGACACCUUUGCAUAUUGCCUGUAAGCAAGGAGACGGAAAUAUCGCGCAGUUGCUUAUUGCUCAUGGUGCUGACGUUGAUUUUAUUGACAAUGAAGGACAGACACCUCUUCAUCUAGCAUUAAAUGUCAAUAUAGUUGAAACCUUAAUUAGGAACAAUUGCAAUACUAAUAUAACUGAUAUUGGUAAUAGAACUCCGUUGUUUGUUUACUGCAAGCAAGGAAAAUUUGAUGACAUUUUUGUUUUAAUCGAUAAUGAUGCAGACAUCAACAUAUGCGAUAACGAUGGGCAAACACCACUCCAUGCAGCAUGUAAUAGUAAUGCUGACGCCCAAAAUAUUGUUAAAAUGUUAAUCAAUAAAAACUGUGCUUUGAACACAACUGACAAUAAAAAUAGAACCCCAUUGCUGAUUGCUUGCGAAAAUGGCAAAUAUGACAUAGUUCAGAUUUUAAUUGACAAUAAAGCUGAUAUCAAUAAAUCGAACAAGGAAAAAGAAAGUCCUUUAUUUGUUGCCAGUGCGAAUGGCCAAACAAACAUUGCAAAUAUAUUAAUUGAAAAUAGUGCUAAUAUUGAUGACGUUAACAGUAAAGGGCAAACUCCUUUAUUUAUUGCAUGUCAAAGGGGAAAUUAUAACAUAGUGAAACUUUUAAUUAAUAAUAAUGCUGAUGUAAAUUUAUGCAGUAAUACUAGCGACGCCAUAAUUACUACUGCAUGUAAACAAAGUCGUCUUGAAAGCUUGAGCGACGACAGUUAUUUACUCAUAGUUAAAAUCUUACUCGAUUGUAAUUGCCGUAUUAAUCAAGCGGACAACGAAAAUAAAACGCCGUUGUUUUACGCCUCAGGUCUAAGGAACGACAAACUUGUUCAGCUUUUAAUUGAUAAUGAGGCAGAUGUUCAGAUUCGAAGUGAUGAUGGAGAAAGUCCGCUUCAUGUCGCCUGUUAUUGUGGACUUUCAGAGAAUGUUAAAAUAUUGUUGCAGACAAACUGUGAUAUUAAUCUGACGGACAAUAGAAAUAGAACGCCGCUUUAUAUGGCUUGUGGUAAAGGACAUGAUGAUAUUGUUCAAAUUUUGAUGGAUAAUAAUGCUGACAUGAACUUAUAUGAUGACACAGGUCAGACCGGACUGCAUGCGGCAUGUAAAAGGGAAUAUCAGGAAACACUUCCCCAUACAAUUGUAAAUUCUCGGUUCUUCAAUAUAGUUAAACUAUUACUAGAAAAUAAAUGUCCAGUUAAUCAGCUCGACAAAGACAAUAAUACUUCAUUAUUGUAUGCAUGUUCAAUUGAGAAUGAGGACGUGGUACAACUAUUGAUUGACAACAAGGCUGAUAUAAAUGUUGUCAAUAAUGAUGGACAAAGUCCUCUUCAUAUAGCUAGUUAUUCAGGACGUUUGAACAAUGCAAAAUUAUUAGUGAGGUCUAACUGUGAAAUUAACCAAGCCGACGGGGAGACUAAAACUCCAUUGUAUAUAGCAUGUGAACAAAGUCAAUCUUGGAAACAUAACUAUCAUGAAAUCGUGCAACUUCUUGUUGAUAAUAAUGCGGAUGUGAAUAUAUGUGGAUCAGAUGAUGCAAGUCCACUUCAUAUCGCUGCCUUAUCGGGAAGUUUUAUAACUGUACAAGUUAUGUUAAGAACAAACGUAAACAUUGAUCACAUCAACAACGAAAAAAAAACAGCAUUACAUGUUGCCUGUGAGAAAGGCCAUUAUGACAUCGUUAAACUCUUACUCAAUAAUAAAGCAGACGUAAAUAUAAAAGAUAAAGCUAAUCAGACAGCACUGGAUUUGGCCUGUAAAUUAGGUCAUAAAACAAUUAUGAACCUGAUUGAAAGUAGAACAGAUUAGUACGAAAAAAAGCAAAUGUCAAACUUUUGAUUUCGUAUGUGUGAAGUUUUAGUUUACACGAUCCUGACAUUUCAUGUAAAGGUGUAUACUGAUAAACCAUUGUCAAGAAUCAGUUGGUCUGUAUUGUGCAUGCGUAAGAAACCAGAGGUUUUAUGACUGCAAUCGGUAUAUAUAAUAGUAACGUGGACUUUUUUUUAAUUGACGAUUUAAACCGUUUUAAUAUAAAAGUUGACUUUUACAUUGUUAUAUUUGUGAUCUUCAAUAUUUCAGAAUAUGUAAAAAACAAACCAUUCAAGGCCGGGAUAAAUUUCUCUGAAGAUCAAUAUACAAAACAUUUUUAUCCGAAAUAAUACACAAAACGAAAAUCAAUUUACAUUACAAGUAUCGCGACUUUUCUACUGAAGGGUUCUAGUCGACAAGAAGACGAACUGAAAAAGACUAAUGUUCAAAAAGACUUUAACGUUAGAAAAGACUUUAACGUUCGAAUAUUAUCAUUGUUUGUAGCAAUAACAAUUUUAGCUUACCAGCAUACCCCGGAGUCACGGAGAAGAUAUCAAUGUUUGUAAAUUGUAUUUGAUAUUGUAUUCAAUAUAUAGUUGUCUUCCGGAAAUACACGUGCGUUUUGUGUCGCAAAAUGAAAGAGUUCUUGCUGCUGUAAACAUUUUCUAAUAAAUAUAGAGAUGUUUUGUUAUUUACUUUUUCAACAGUUUAUGAAAGCUAAGGAUGAAGAUUGAAAUAGAAAUUGUCGUGCAGUAAAAUCAUUUAAUUCUGAAUCAAAUGUCAGAAUUUUAUUAUAAGUAUUUUACUUAUCAAUACCAUUGCAUUGUAUACCAAUGUUGCCACACUAAAUAAAGGCGACAGUAGUAUACCGCUGUUCAAAAGUCAUAAAUCGAUUAAGCGAAAACAAACCGGGUUACAAACUAAAACCAAGGAAAACAAAUCAACUAUAAGAGGAAAAUAACGGAACAACAGAAACACUGAACUGCAACAAAAACAAACGCCAACAUGCAUAGAAACGGACUAUUUGAUAACAACUGCCAUAUUCGUGACUUGGUAAGGACAUUUUAAGAAAAAAUGGUGGGUUGAACCUGGUUUUAUGGCUCCCGCUUAUAUGGCAUUGUUAAAAAUACCGCUAAAAUGACAACACUGCGUGACAGGAAUACAGUACAAACAAACGCAAGGACACUCAGCACAGAGAAAUACACAAAAACAUAAUAUAAUGUACAUUACAACACGUAAACCGCAGAAUAACAACGGACACCUCCAAUGAAUUUACGACAGCACACCAGGACACCACAAACGAAGUAUAAACUGCGCGUCACAUGAAUGGAUCAACGCUACAAAAUGUGAAGUAUUUUUUGUGACGUUUAUAUUAACACACGUAAAUUUCUAAAAAUAAAAUAGAUUUGUUUUAUUUAUAGACACGUACAAGAA